CAAGGUCAGUCUUGUAGGAGGAGCUCGAAGAACCCAAUUUCAUCAACAAUCAUGUCCACAGGCGAAGCAUUUCGUCAUCGGACUCAUGAGUUCUACCACGUUUAACACACGAGUUCUGCUUUUUCUGUUGUUAAUCGAGGCUUUAUGUGCAUCCAGCUUAAUAAGUAUUGCUGCAAUUGCUAAAUGCGAACACUAUAUGUGAUUAUUGUCGUACUUUUUUUGACCAAAACGAAUCAGGGCAUUUGCCCACUCUGCCCGCAGGCAGCAACGGAACCAGUCGGAAGAAUUCGAAUCUCAAACACGAACACGCAGACGAUCAUUUGUUUUACUAGUUUGACGUAUAUUAAAUACAAGUGAAGAAUGUACCGGAAGUUUUGGUUUGUCGCGACAAUUUGCGUUGUAGUAGAAGGCUUAGGAAUUUUUGAAAAUCAAGCCAUCAAAAAGAUAUUCCAACAAGAUCCGUCAUUUUGCUUUAAACCUUUUAACGCUACUGGUUGCAAUAGUACUGUGUGGAAUGCGUUUCCAUCAGACAUACCUUCAAUGAAUUCUUCUAAUCCUAAACAGCUCACCUUGGCUUUCUUAUUCACACCAAAGAAUUCUAAAUAUCCAGAAUUUUUGCACCUGUGCGAUGGAAAAUUACCAGACAACACCAACUUCAAUCCUAAAUUUAAAACUGAAAUCAUCAUUCAUGGCUACUUGGAUGGGGCUUGCAGAUCUGCCUGGAUGAGGGAAAUGAAAGACGAAUUAUUUAAAAGAGGCUCAUACAAUGUGAUAUUCAUCGAUUGGACGUGGGGUAACGGGCCGAAGUACGAUGAAAGUGCAGCGAACACUAAAAUAGUCGGCAAACAAUUGGCAAUUUUGUUGCAGAAUAUCAUGAAUCAGAGUGGUGCUGGGCCUGAAAAAUUCCACCUGAUAGGCCAUAGUUUUGGGGCUCAUAUAGCUGGAUUUGCUGGAAAAAUCGUGAAAAAUAUAAGACGGAUUACAGCUCUAGAUCCUGCAAUGGCACCUUUUCAAAACAAAUCUAAGGAUGAAAGGCUAGAUUCAACAGAUGCAAAUCUCGUGGAUGUCAUCCAUACAAAUGCUGGAACAGAAGUUGGUGAAGCUAUUGGUGAUAUCAAUCCCUUGGGUCAUGCUGACUUCUAUCCCAAUGGAGGCAUAAAACAAGACAGUUGUAGGCUGCAAAUCCUUAAAUCCUACUUAGCGCUGGAUUUCUUGUAUGCUACUAUAUCUUUGGUGCCCAGAGUGUGUAGUCAUAUGCAAGCCGUACAAUAUUACAAAGCAUCAAUUAAUCCCAAAAAGUGUGAAAUUAUAGGAGUACAAUGCCCAGAUUAUGAGAGCUUCGCAUCUGGCAAGUGUACGUCAUGUUACAGAAAUGGAUCCAACUGCGCAGUUAUGGGAAUGAAUCACGAAUAUUAUACCAAUAGGCGAAAUUUUACUGGUAUUACUACAGUUCCUCGGAAAUUCUAUCUCAACACAACAUUAACAUACCCUUACUGUGAUAAUAGUGCUUUAACCUUCGUCUGAUUAUUGAUUAUGCACAAUCUGCUAGUACAAAUCAUUUUUGACAAACUGAUUGUAUUAUUUAAUUGUAAAUAAAUGUUAUUUUUUUACC